AUGAAUUAGGAGAGUUAAAACUCUACACCGAGUUCUUUGAAGUUAUAAGAAAAGCAAAACAGUAAAAAUAGUAAUAUCUAAAGAGUAUCAAAAUCUUCAUCUGGUGCCUCUUAAGAUAAUAUUGAUAAAAAAGAAUCAAUUAUAGCUAAAAAUGCGUCUUUGAUAAGUAAUAUUAUCAACUCUGAGAGAAUCAAAUCUUCAGAUUAAAUUACAAGCGAUAGUUAAAAAAAAAUAAUAUAAGUCAAACUUAAUGGUUUAUCUAGUUCAAGUCACGGAAGCUACAGAAAAUUAUAGUCACCAUAAAAAGCGAAAGAGUCACUAUUCCAAGAAUAAUUUAAUUUAACGAAUAGUCAUAUAAAUUUAAAAGCCAGUGCUAAUAAUGGAUUAGAUCCUAAAUUCCCUCAAAUUUUAGAAAAUAAUGUUUAAAUAAUGGAUUAAAGUCAUUUGAAAAAGUUAUAAAAAUCGGGUUAUUUAUUUAAAGAAGAUGAAGACUAAAUAAAUUUAUCUAGUGCAUUAUAAAAUUCAAACAUACUCUAGCAUAAGCUGAGUGUUCCAUCAGUUAUUUAAGUUAAUAAAACACAGUCUUCUAAAAAGUAGAAUUCUCCAAUUUUUAAUGGAAAAAGAUUUUCACACACUCUUCUACUAAGUGAAACUGGACAAUAGAAUACAAUUAACAGUUCUUAAAAUCUCUAAGUGCAAAUUUAAUCUUAAAACUCCUUAGGUUCUUAAAAUGAUUUUAGCAGGUUACUGAAUAAAUAGCAACCUAGCUAAAUUUUCACUUAAACUCAAAGUAAUUUGUAUUAAUUAGAUAAAUUGAUGAGAUAUUAAAUGAAAGACAAUUUUUCUAGUCCUGAUAAUACUUAUCUUAAAUCAAGUUAAUCUCAAAGAGAUAUCAUGAAAAACAUUAAUAAGUUCACUAAAUUAGAUAAUUAAAAUAAUAAGAACACCAGCAUUCAGUAGAUAAUUAGCUCAAGAGACAUAUCAUACAUUUAAGAGCCAAGAUAGAACUUAAGUAAGUAAACAGAGAAUAGAAUUAAAAUAAAAACAGAAUAGAACAUGAAUAUGUUAAUUAGCCCAAAGUCUGUGCUUUCUGACUCCAAAAAGUUGAUUUUUAGCAGUAGAAAAUCUUCUUUUAAUGAUUUAAAAACUACUAAUAGCAACUUCUCUUCUAAAUCACAAGUUAAUUUAAAUAGCCUGGGUUCUAAUUUUUAAUCAACACCAAUUUCAAAUAGUAUGAAGAGGUAAAACUAAAAUUUUAGCACUUAAAACGAACUUUCAAAGUAGGGGAGUGAUAUCCAAUUUCAUUUAUUACCAUAUCUGCCUAAUAGUUUUAUAGAUGAGUUUAUUUAAAUUGUUAAAGAAACUAAUAUUUCUGAAAAUAACUCCUAAAUCAUAUAAUCUAACCUAUAAAGCCCAAUAAGAAAUUAAAAAAACAGUAGUGGGUCUUAAUCUAGCACUAAAGUUUUGAAAUAAAUCCACUAAGAAAUUUAAAAUAUUCUAACUAACUAAACAAUAAAGCCUAUUCAAGAAAAUAUCCCUUCAUCAUUAGUUGACCUUGCAAAAUCUUUGAAGAAAUAACUACCCAAUUUAUACACUGGCUAGCCAUCCGGCAGAGCUGAAGUUCAAAUUAUAAAAAAUUGGUUAGAGGGAACUUUUGAAUAAAUCUAAAAUGAUAAUGUAAUCGAUGUUAAAGAAAAAUUUUAAAAGAUAGAUGAUUCUCUAAUUUUGACAUUUAAUGAGAUGGUUAGAUAAGUUUCAUAUUAAUGCAAAGAAAGAGGAAUGCUUUUAAUAACUGUAUUUAGCUGCUAUUUUAGUUUGAUUAAGAAAGUUAGUUAAUACGAAUAAGAAGAAAAGAGAAAAGCUACAAUUUAGAACUACUAUGAGAAGUUGAUACUAUAAAAAAACUCGGAUGAUGAUUUAGAUAGCAAAAAUAAUUAAAUAAAAGCGCUUUAGGAGUUACUUUAAUUAGAAAAAGAUAAGAAUGCUCAGUUAAAGGAAGAUAUCAAAUAAUAAGAGAUUAGGGAAAGAGAAAAUAUCUUUAAAAAUGAUAAGCUAAAAAAGCUUAAUGAUUUUGCUAAGGUUUAGCUUAUAAAAAUGAAAAGGGAAAUAGAUGACUUAAGGACUCGUCUUUAAAGCAAAGAACUCUUCCAAUAAAAAAAGCUAGAAAAAGUUUUAUUGGAUUAUAAAUCAAAUAUUAAAAGAUAAGCAAGUACCUCUUAUUAUUCAGUUCGCUCAUAGGAGAAACUAGAAGAGUCAGAUUAACAAUUGAUUUAAAGUUUGCUUUAAAUUCCUUAGUAAAAAAAACUAGCAAGUAAAACAACAAUAGAUGAUAUAAAUGAUAAAAUAGACCUCUCUUUUACUGAGCUUAUCAAGGAAGCAGAAAAUGACGCAAACAACCUUUAAAAUGAUGUUAUUAUUAAAUAAGUAUUUGAAGAAAAGACAAAUGCCCUUGUUUGCUAAGAAUGUCAGACAGAUCCUAUGAUGACUUUGACGUACACUAAAUCCAUAAAAGUUUAAACUGAUUUAGAUUUGAUGGAUAAGAAAUAUGAUAAAGUGUUUGCAAGCAAACAAAAAGUAGAUGACUUUGUAAGAGAAUAAUAAAUUAAAGCAGAUUUGCUGGCACUUGAGGAAGAAUAUGAGAAUGAUAAUUCCUUAAUGGACUAAGAAAGUGGACCUCCUUCUUCAAGAAACCCAGAUAAACCUAUUUUAUCAAAUUUAUUCUAAGGUCUUCCAAUAAAAAAGUUAAAAAAAAAAAUUCCAAAAAAUUAACUUGAAAGAUUUAUUGAAAACAUGGGUGUGCUGUAUAGCUACGUCAGAGAACCUGAUACAAACAUAGAGAAAGACAGAACAGAAAAUCUCAAAAAUAUGAUUUAAUAAAACAUUAAGAAAGAAGAAUUACAUGGUUUAAUUUCAAUGAAAGAAAUCAAAGAAGAAGAUGAGUAAUAAGAGAGAGAGCCUAAAAAAAGAAAAGAUAAAUCGAAGAAAACCACAAUAGUUAAACCAGAAGUAUAAUAAAAUGAUUUCCCUAAAACGGCUUCUUAAACAAAUAUCCCCAGUUCUGUAGCACCGCCAUCUUAAGUGCAGCAAGGUAGGACUAAUGAGUUUUAAAGAAAUAAUUAAAGAUCGAUGACAUUAAAUCAAAUGAAAAAAUAGUAGAAAUUGAUUGAAGCCUCCAGCUUAGCAGAAAAGAAUUUAUUAAGAGAUCAAAUAAAAUAAUAAUUUGAAAUUAAUUUUUAUUAGAAUCUAACAAAUUAGCAGUUGAUAGAUUAAAUUAAAAAGCAAUAACAGCUUAUUGAAUAGAUGACUCCAUACGCUUUUGGAGAACCUAGCUUAGAUUAAUCAUUCAACAAAAAAGCAAAUACCUCUAGCUCUAGUCCCUAAAGCAAAACUAAUAUAGGAAAGAAAACUAGCAUUCAAGGUUCUUUCUAGGAUUAAACAUAAAUUAAUUUUUCCCCCAACUAAAAGUAGAGUUUUAUGACUCCCAUUAAUUCAUCUCCUUAAGUAAAUAAAAGCCCGUUCUUAGUGAGUGAAAAUAAUUCUCAAUUAGCAAAUUAAAGUGCUGUUAAUAAGAUAUAAUUAAUGUCUACAUCCAAUUUAAAAGGAGUUCAGUUUAAGGCUAUUAAUUUAAUUGAAGAAAGUGAAGAAUAUCUAGGUAAAAGUAACACUGAAAAUCGCCAAAACACUAGCUUAUCGAUUCAUAGGUUUGAUGAAAGAGAGGAAACAAAUAAUUCUCUCAUAUUCUAGGAUUAAAACAUAAUUCCUGCAGAUCUCAAAAGUCUCAAUGGUAAUGACUCUGAAAUAAAGAAGCAAGUAAUGAGUUUAAUUCAUCUGUACAACAUGGAAAUAGAGAAGAAUUGUAAUCUUCGAGAAUCGCUAGAAGAACUGAUAAAGCUUUUAAGAGAAAUGUAUUAAUUCCUUAAGAUGCUCUUUAUUCAUAUCAAAAAAACUUAAAAACACACUCAUAAAUCUAUCAUAGAAGGAUUUAUUUAGCAAUUCACUUCAAUUAAGUGGAAACUUCCCAAAGAUUUUGACACAAACUUUGAAAAAGAGGUGCUAAAAGAAGAUAAGGAGGACGAAAAAAAAAAACUCCUUAGACUUAAAUUUUCAAAUAAAAAAUCAACUAUUAAAUUCCUGGCUCAUGUUUAGAGAACGUAGGCCUUUAACAAGAUGACUUAAGUAGAUAAAAAUACUCAUUUUGGUUUUAUCCUUGUAAAUAAAAUUAGGGAAUAAGGAAUUCCUAAGAAGUUUACUACCUUUUUACCUCUUAAAAACACAUUAAAAUACAUUUAAAACUUAGUUGAUGAAAGGGUGAGAAUGAUUAGAGAGCAGAGACUUCCAAAAGAUUAAGAAAUGCCCAUUUUCUCGUUUAAUAAGUUUUUGCAGAUAUUCGGUUUUAAAAAAGUUGCUGAAAAUAAAUAUACUUAAUUUUUGAUGAGUGUUAUUUAAUAUUAGUCUAUUUUUAGAGUCAACAUGUUUACUAGACUGCUCACAGUUAAUUCAGAUAAAAAAAUGAAUUACAGUAUUGAUGAAAUGGAAAAAUACUUUUAAGCAUAUGAAUUUAUUGUAAAUCUUUCCACAAUGGGUGUGCUUAAUCCUUCACACUCAGAAACAGAUUCUACUUUUAUGGUACCUCAUCUGAAGGCUUUAGAUUACAUUAAAGUUAUAUUAGAAAAGAUAAUGCCUUUUGAAGACUUGGUAGAUCUUCGUUAGUAAUUAGAUAAUAUGAAAGAAGUAGAUCUAAAACACACUAAUAAAAUUCAUGUGGUUGAUUUCGAUAUAUUUAUGAGUAAGGUUUUACAAAAGUACAGAAUAUUGAUGAAUAAGACUCAACUUUUCGUGAAAAAUGCUUUCUUUGCUGCUGAUUUAGAUGGUAAUGGAAGAAUUAAUCUCAAUGAAUUCCUCACUCUCUACAGACACAUAAUGUCUAAUAGGUUCAAUCUAAUGAGAUGCAUUAAAAUGUUUGAAGAAAAAGCUGAUAUCAUUACAGAAGAAGAAAAAAACCUUUCUUUUGAAAAGUUCACUGCCAUCUGCAUAGAUUAUAAUCUGUUUACAACACAGAUAUAAGAUAAAUAUAUUAAUGUAUAGAACAAGGAAGACAUCUUACAAAAAAUGCAAUAGCUACAAGAAAGCUGGAACGACGAACAAUAAAAAAUAAAAGAAAAAAUAGAAGUUUUAAAACCAUUUGUUGUACCUGAAUCGUAUAAAAAUUGGGUUGAAGUUUUAAAGGUAUUAGAACACAGAAUUUUAGACGAGGAAAUCUAAGAAGAGAAUUUGCGUCCUAUAUUGAUUGCUCAUAAAUUGCUAAAUGAUGAGCUGUAAAGACUUAUAGAGGAGGGUAAAAAAGGAGCUGAAAAUGAAGAAGAUGAUGAUGACGAUGAUGAAGAUUUAUUCACCUACUAAGAUGAAGAUGAUAACGACUUAUAGAUGAUAUUAAAAUCAAUGAAUAGCAAGCCAAAUCAGAGCCAAAUGAACACCACAAUACAAGAAUUUUAGAAUAAGACUUAAUUAGAUGCAGAUAUGUCUAGAAACGAAACUUAGCUUUCAACAUAAAGGCUAUCUACUCAAAAUAAAUGA